AUGGCAGCCGUUGUGUAUCUCGUUGUUAACUCGUCGUCCACUGGCGCCAAGGUCUCUCUUAUUUGCUCAAAAACGAAGGUCUCACCGCUCAAGCGGCUAACCAUCCCGAGUUUAGAACUCUCAGCAGCGCUGCUACUCUCCACGCUCAUGAAUCAUGUUUGCGCUACUCUAAACAUGAUCAUAAAUAAGACAACCUUGUGGACGGACUCUCAGACGGGACCACCGUGGCUCACUCAAUCAGUGGCAUCAUGGCCGGCUCAGAUCGAUACAACUCCUGAUGACUCAUGUGCACAAGAAGCUCGUGCUCGUGUCGCACAUCACGCGGUACGAUCUUCUCCGAGGUAUCAUUUGGAUCUCAUUCAUCGAUACUCAUCGCUCAACAGGUUGUUCCGAGUUACAGCUCUCUGCAAUAGAUUUCUCAAAAGGCUCUCAGGAGAGCUUGACGCGACACCAGCAGCCUGUAUCUCAGCUAAAAGCAUGGAAGACUCACGACUCUUUUGGGUCAAGGCCACUCAAUCGGCGUACUACUCAGAAGAAAUCUCAGUGCUCUCAAGACGUUCUCAGCUGCCAAGUUCGCAUCCACUCUCUAGACUCACCGCAUUCAUUGAUGCCGGCGGUGUGCUCAGGGUGGGCGGUCGCCUCUCAAAGUCBGAACUCAUGUACGAGGCAAAACAUCCAGCUAUUCUCCCUCGUAGCUCCAGGCUCUCAGAACUCAUCAUCGCCCAUGCUCACAAGAAAACGAUGCAUGGAGGCACUCAGUCGACUCURGCACUCAUCAGACAACUCUACUGGAUCAUCGGAGGAAGAGCUCCACCGCUCAUCUCGAUGUCGUUUCAGAUUACUCAGCAGAGGGUUUCAUUGCAACKUACAGACGCUUCACCUCAAGGCGGGGUGUCCCGUCAGACAUUUACGCUGAUUGUGGCACCAACUUCUUGGGCGCUGAAGUUAAGCUCAAGCAAUGUUUCUCAGAAAGCUCUUCAGGACAUCGGGAGAUCUCUUCUCUGCUAG